GUCACUUACUGCAAUCGGGUAUGACCACAGACUACAGUUGGGUAUGAUAAUCAGUGUAGGUUUUUCUUUUAUUCUAAUGGUUGACUGUUUUUGAUUCCGUGGGGGGGGGCGGUCAGUAACGAUUUACGUUAUUGAUGCACUCUUCGACUGCGAAUGAGUCUUGAGUUUGGAAUUGAAUUUUUAUGUGGACGUAGAAGUGAUUCAGUAAAAUGGAAGUAUCCUCUAGCAAAGUGCUUGACGUAUCUUGGAAAUUUGGAGUAACGGCGGCGAGCAGUGAAAUGAGCAAGGUCGGUAGAACCUACCUUCAAGUUAGGUUACUAUUAGACGAAUCAAGUGGCGGCGGCGAGCGGAACAGUGUAUUUGCGGAAAUGUCACUCACGCAGUUUUGUAAACUUCUCCAUGACUUGGAAACGGCUAAGAACAACAUUGAUUUGCUGCAAUAAAACGCUAACUGAUAAAUUA